UACAUUUUGUGUGUGUACAAAGGAUUUGAAGAAAUUAUGAUGUUCCAGUGAUAUAUAUCGUAAUAGGUCAAUUAUGUCCUUGAAUUUUGCUGUUGAAAUUUGUCUGACAUUUUUAUAUACUGAUGUCAAUACAGUAUUUUUGAACUUUCUUGAUCUACCCUGAUGUGAUAAUAAAUUCAGGACAUUUAAAUGUUCAUUCUCAUUCUCAUUGAUAUCUUAUAGAAAAAUUGAUACAGUUCAUUUCUGACAAAACACAUCCAACAUAUUGUUAACCAGUUUAUUGAUUCUUCAUCAGAAUUCAUUAUUUUGUUAAUACAAAAUUUUCUUGUUUCAUUUUAUUUACAAUAAAGUAUUAUGAUAUUUACUCGAAAUAUAAGCAACCUCAAAUGCUUUAUUGAUAAAUAACAUAAAGUUUUACAAUAACCACGUGUAACCAGAAAAUAAUGGAGUUAGGCUAAUUUCAAAAUAGGCGGCCCAUAUAGUAAUAAUAAUAAUAAUAAUAAUAAUAAUAACAAGAACACACAUGACAAAGUCACUAAAACUACACCCGAAAUCAUGUGUAGAAAGAUUAACAAUAAGUAGAGAAGAAGGUGGUAGGGGAAUAACGGACAUAAAAGCGUUACACAAUAGACAAAUAAAAAACUUACGUAAAUACUUUCACACAAAAGAGACACAACUACAUAAAGCAAUAACGAAAACCGAUAAAAACCACACACCACUAAAUCUAUCGACAAGCAAUACAGACAUAGAUAACUAUAACAACAUAGACCAUACACAAAGCAAAAUAAACGCAUGGGCCACAAAACAAUUACACGGAAAACACUACUACACCACUACAGACGAAAAUAUAAACAACAACGACACAUACGAAUGGCUAAAAAAAGGAAACCUCUUCCCAGAAACCGAAGGAUUCCUAAUUGCAAUACAAGAUCAGAAAUGCAAAUUAGUACCCGAAACAAUAGAACACAUAACAGGGGGUUGUAAAAUACUAGCAAACACCGAAUAUACGGAAAGACACAACUCCGCAGCAAAAAUCAUAAAUAAAGCAAUAGUGAACAAAUACAAACUGGAGAACACUACAACACCAUACUACAAAUACACACCAACUACAAUAAUAGAUAACGAAAAGUACAAACUAUACUGGGACACAACAUUACACACAGACAAAACAGUAAAAUACAACAGACCGGACAUCACAUUUACAAACAAAGAAGACAAGACAACAUACCUAAUAGACAUCUCAGUACCAAACGACAUCAACAUUACACAGAAAUACAGAGAAAAAAUAGAAAAAUACACACCACUUGCACAAGAAAUACACAGAAUAUGGAAACAAAAAAAGGUACACAUCAUCCCUUUCAUCAUAUCAGCAACAGGCAUUACACCGAAUAAUUUUAAAUCACAUCUCACACAACUACAACUAGACCCAAACAUACACCAAGAAAUACAAAAGACGGUUAUAUUAAAAACAUGCAACAUAACAAGAGCCUUCGUAAAUUCUGAAGAUUAAAGCUGUCAAACCUGGCAAAAGGCCUGUCUGACACGCUAAUAUGCCCUAGAAAUCGGAGAGAAAUAAUUAAAUAAUAAUAAUAAUAAUAAUAA